UAACCUGUCCAUAGAAUAAAUAACACCGGAGCCUGUUCAUAGAAAUAACCCUUCCGGUCCUGGUUUCAUCAUUCCUUUGAAAAACCCGAGAUCAUCACAUAUUCCCAAUCUUUUCUUCGUGCAAGUUCAACUUGUUUAAAAUAAGAUAUCGUUCCUUUUGCGUCAUGUCUGUCUUCAGUUCCUCAUUCGCCGCACUUCUGUCACUCUUUGUUGUUGUUCAUCUACGGCUCAUCUCAAGUCUGCCCAAUCCUGGGAACGAGCAUGGGUCCCAAACGACCCUUACAAAUACCACUAUCGAAUUCGGUGGGCCUGGAGUCGGAGCAGCGCCGCUGUUUCGAAAGAAACCUUUCGAAAACGGGCCUGGUCCUCAGAUAUACCCUUCCGGACCGACUCAACCCUCUCCACCGGCUCUGCCGAGGUAUUUUGCCUGGGAUCGAAUGCUCCAUAUCGAUAAGGGCAACGUCGUGGUGGUCAACGUUCAGACAGGAGAACCCGUAUACACUAUCAGUCAAUCUCCCCAAGACCAUCGUACCACCAUUGUUUCUAACCAACAUGGUGAUCAACUCCUGAGCGUCAAUCUCAAGAAAACAGCGCGCCGCGGCCACAAGUUCCGAUACAACACCCCUUCAGGUGUGCACUACAUCAUCGAUCCUAGGGGCGCUCGCACCGAUCGUUGGUAUAUGGUGAUGGAGGGAAAGCAAGCCGAAACUUUCACAUAUUUCCGCGGUCAUUCCAAGAACGCGGGGAACGUGUACUUCCAGGGGCAAAAUAAAACCAAGAUAGCUUCCAUCAAUUUCGUCAAAUCGUUGGACAAAACUCACUGGAAAUCGGACACCUUGAGCGGCGUCAAAGACAUAGUCACACUCGAAAUCACCCAACCAACUGAAAUCGGCGAUCAAUAUUUCAUUGGGCUAUGGGCUCUCGUCAAAAGGAGAAUAGACCACUAUGGCCUAUGA